GUGCAUUUAUAACUAAUAAGGUGUCUUAUCGACUCUAUAGUCUAGACAUUGUCUAUUAAUAUUAUUUAUGAAUCUUUUUGAUUUUUGCGUGGUUCUUUGAUAAGGAAAUAAUGCAUAAACGAUCAUUUUGGCAAUUUGUUGGCUCUUAAUUCUCAAAUGGAUAAAGAAUCGACUAACUUUGUUGUUAAAAAAAUGUUGAAUUUAUUGUUAUUUUUGUAUGAGUAAUUAGUAGUAGUGUGUCACGAUUUGUUAUAGUUUACUGCAAAUAGACCACAUUAGUGAUCAUUUCAUACCACAAACUAAAAAAAGAGACUACAAAUCAAACCAAACCAAACCAUAGUUCUGGCCUCACAAUCUAGACCAAAUCAUACGAUACUGUCUAGACCGCGGUUUGGUCUAGAUUCCCAGCACUAGCUCUCCCUUUGGGAUCUUCCUUCUAUCCAAACUCUUCCGUGUUCUCCCCUCCCUCAACUUCUUCCCCGCUCUCCCAUUGCGAUGCGACCGGCGGCUAGGCGAGUUUGUUUCCCCUUCCCUUCCGAUUCGAUCAGAUUGGCAGCUAGCGGUGUUUGGGUGAAGCUGCUUGGCGACAUGCAGACUCUUCUUCUUGCUCCUCUAUUCGUCUCCUUCUGGUCAGCAGGCGUUUCUAGCGGCUGUCGAUUGCGUUUCUUCAUCUUUGAGGGUGCAGAACAGGAGCAUAAGAAAUCGAGAGCCGUCGCUCACACUUCGGUCCGCCCUGCAGAUUAAGUUGUAGGCGCAGAAGACUCAAAUUAAGGGGGAAAGUGAAGAAGGAACCCGAAUUUGUCGAGGUUGGUUCGAGUUCUGCGAGGUGAGAAGAGACGUCGGCGAGAACAUGAGGUGACUCAUCCCUCCGACGCCGCCUCUCCUCAUCCCUUCUUUCAAAGAAGAAUCCCCAGGUUGAGUCCGAAGAUGCCAUUCUAAUUGUCGAUUCCCUGAUUCAUUGGUAAAGAAAACUGUAAUUUUGAGUUCUUUUCAUUCCUCUGUAGCUGUAACUUGCGUUCCUCUUUCUCAUUGUGCUGCUAAGAGUAGAUAGUCUGAAUAGACAAGGUUUGAGCUACUUUCUCUUGUUAGUUUAAAUUUUUGGGUUCAAUCCCUUUGCGUUAAAUUCGAACUCUACUUAAUGGUAUACUUUGUUGUUUGAUGUUCUUGAACUUGCUCUUAUUGCUUCAGGGUUUAGUCAAAUUUCUAUUGAGUGUUUUGGUUAAGAUUUGGCCAUUUUAAUCAAUAUAUAAGUUCAAAUUCUCAGUAAACUACUUCCUAUAUUGAAAGGAAAAGUUGAGUAGUAGCAGUUGAAAUUUAUUGUUAUCGUGUUGUAAGAACUUUUUAUUGUAUUUCCAAAGCAUUCUUGAUUCUUCUCCUUUUAUUUAAUGUCCAAGAUCCCUUCUAGAUGAGAUAAGUGAUUUCAGGACUGAUUGACAUGGGACCGUGAGUUUCAUUUGAAAUUUCUGAUCUGACUUGCAUUGUUGUUUCAAAGAAAUGCAAAAUGGAGGACAAAGGUUAUAUAGAUCCAUCAUGGAAGAAGGGUAGAAAAUCCAACUGUUUUCAAAGAUAAUGGCAAUGAAGAACUUCUAAGUUUCCUACUGUGCUUCAGUUUUGUUUGGAACGCUUAUAUGCUUCCCAAUUAAUUUUGCUUUCUUUUAUUAAUUUCAAAGCUGCUACAUUCUCGUUUCAUUAUAAGGUUGGAAUGUGGUACUUGAUUAUCUUCAAAAAACAAGUGAUGUUGAUUCUUGAUAUCAUAUCUUUCUCCAAUCUGGGUAUUUGUUGUUUAGGGAGAGAAAGGAAAGUGAAUGAAAAGAGCAAGAUGAAGUUGAGUUUUUAUCCUUGAUGUGUACUUUGGUGUCAAUUGGCUAUCAAUCACAUAAUGAAACAUAUCGUUCCCUUAAUGUCAUAGAUGUGUUAAUUACACUUUUUUUUUUAUGUUCACUCCGUUGUCAGUAUUUUGAUUUCCUCUACUUUUUACUUUAGAAUUCAUAAUAUGAAACUCUAAUUAUCAAUUCAUUGGAAGUUAGUUCAAUAUGGAUCGAACCGAUUAUAUAGUUUUAGUAAUCAGUCAAGUAUUGCACUAUCUCACCUUUAAUUUCCCUUUAACAGGUAGGCCUCUUCUUUUCUGGUUCCAACCAAGUUGUGUAUGGUUUGAAGAUUGCUAAUCAGAUUAAGGGCAUUCGGACCAAACUAGAGGAGAUCGAUAAGGAUAAGAACCAGUUCUAUCUCGGAGAGCGCUCCCAAGAGCCCGAUUUUUCAUGGAGGCAAACUGACUCCUUCAUUCCCAGUGUGUUUGUUGGUAGAGGAAAAGAGAAGCAGGACAUAAUGGACAUAUUGUUGUCGACCAAUCAUGCUGAGAAAGUCGCGGUUGUACCCAUUAUUGGGAUCGGUGGAUUGGGGAAAACUGCACUGGCCCAGCUUAUCUACAAUGACUUGGGUGAGAGCAGUGGUUUUCAAAUCAAGAUUUGGGUAUGCGUAUCCAAUAAUUUUGAUGAAAAGCUGUUGGUGAAAAAGAUGCUGGAGUGUGUCACCAAGGAGGAAGUCAAAGAUUUGGAGUUGGGCACUUUGAAGCAUAAACUUAAAGAGGAAAUGGAGAGCAAGAGGUUCUUGUUGGUGUUGGAUGAUGUCUGGGAUGAUGAUGUCGACUUGAGAAACUGGGAUCGGCUCAGAGAUUUUUUGUUAGGGGUGGCCACAGUGGGCAGUAGAGUUAUCAUAACGACACGUAUUGGGGAAGUCGCAGAGAGAAUGGCGUCUAGUGGGAUUAAACCACAGGAGCUACAAGGUCUCCCUGAGAAGGAGUCAUGGGAUUUGUUUGAGAUGAUAGCAUUUCAUGGUGAGGAAGGACGUGGGGAAGUACAUGUGAAGGUAGCAAAAGAGAUUGUGAACAAAUGUGUGGGAGUUCCUUUGGUGAUAAGAGCGAUGGCGGGCACUCUGGCCAGCAAGAAACAUGUGGACGAUUGGGUAACGAUAAGGGACAAGCAAGUAAUGAUAGGCAUGCAUGACAAACAACAAGGUAUAUUGGCAACUCUUCGUCUGAGUUACGACAACCUGCCUUCACAUUUAAGACAUUGUUUCGCUUAUUGUAGUUUGUUUCCCAAGGAUUAUAACAUCGUGCCGGAAACAGUGGUGCAGUUGUGGGUAGCACAAGGUUACGUUGACGAUGAAUCUGGUGAAUAUUUCAGAAGUUUAUUGUCCAGGUCAUUUUUUCAAGAGGGUGAAAAUGAUACAUCGGGAAAUGUAUCAUAUAGAAUGCACGAUCUGAUGCACGAUUUGGCUGUCAUAGUUGCAGGGGAAGAGAGUUUCACCUUGGACGUCUUGAAUUUGACGGCAGCUAUUAUCCGUCUUGACAAAGCGAAAGUCGAUAAACUUCGACACUUGUCAUUCGACUUUGCGGGAAAGUCAGAGAGGAAGAAUCUGGCGAUCCCAACUUGUUUGCUUAAAGAAGCAACAAGGUUGCGGACAUUUUGGCUUACCAAUAUCCCGGAUGGAGGUUUUAGUUUGGGGGAAUCUGAGUGGCAGCAAAGAUUGAUCUUCUCAUAUAUGACUAGACUCAGAGCGUUGAGCCUCCGUAGUGGCAGAAUGAAGUCUAUCCCGACCUGCAUUUAUAAGCUGAGACAUCUCAGGUAUCUUGAUCUUUCAGACAACGACAUGGAGACGCUUCCUGACGAGAUUACAAGACUCGUAAACUUGCAGGUGCUCCUCCUGGAAUUUUGUUCCUACCUUCGGGAACUGCCAAGUGACAUUACCAAGCUUCCGGACCUCAGUGUUCUGGGCCUGGAUGGCUGCACUAGCUUGACACACAUCCCCGUAGGAAUUCAUAGACUCUGCCGCCUACACAGAUUGAACUUGUUCGUGGUGGCAGUGGAAGGAAAUAGAGCAGCCAGAAUCAGUGAGCUAAACCGUCUGGGAAAUCUUGGCGGGAAUUUGUUGAUAAGAGGGCUGGAGUUGCUCGAGGAUAAAUGUGAAGCAGAGGAAGCAAAUUUAGAGGAGAAAAACAUGAUUCGGAGCUUGGUGUUGGAGUGGGACAGCAGAACAUCCAGUAACGGUGCUGCUGACGAGAUGGUACUUGAGGCUUUGCGGCCCAAUGCGAAUCUGGAGCAGCUGUGGCUAGGAGGUUACAGCGGGACAAAGUUGCCGAGUUGGCUCUCUUCUCUUACAAGUGUGGUUAGCAUCCAGCUGGGCAGAUGUGGGAAGUUGAGGAUUCUGCCAGCCUUUGAUCCUUUCGUUUCUCUUGCAGAUUUGCGGUUGGUCAAUUUACCCAAUUUACAGUACAUAUUAGUUGGCACCCCAUUGACAUUAUCAUCAUCAUCUUCUGCUGCUGCUGCUGCUGCUUUUCUCCCCUCGCUCCAGUCUCUGGAGAUUCGCGGGUGCCCCAACCUAGAAAGAUGGGCAACUGAGGAAACAGAGUACGUGCCAAAGUCAAUUUUCCCUUCCCUCUCCAAGCUAGUGAUUGAGCAUUGCAUGAAACUGGUACAUAUCCCUCCUUUGUCGGCGCAUGUGGAACAUGUUGAAUUAGGAAAAGUGACAAGUGAGCUGGUGGUUAAGUUGGCUACUGCCCUUCCCCCUCCUCCCCUGACAGAGGCAGAACUUACUACCACAGCAGCCCACUCUGUAUUGAAAUCGCUACGACUCCAGGGCAUCAGUGGUACAGAACUUCUGCCGCAACAAUUGCUCCCACACCUUACUUCACUUCACACCCUCUCCAUCGCCAAUUGCCAAGAUUUUAUCACCCUGUCCCCUGCUAUGCCGUAUCUCAUUUCCCUGCAGAAGCUUUCCAUCUUGGAUUGUUGUGCUUUCGGGUCUUUCGAUCGUGGGGAUGGUGUUAGUGGCGAGUCUGCUGUCCUGCCUGCAUGCGGAUUUCCAAGCCUCCAUUACUUUUACAUCUCGUGGCUUCCAAAGCUGGGGUCACUGCCGGAGUGGCUUCAGCACUCCCCGAAUCUGAAGGAGCUGAAGAUUGUGAAAUGCGACGGCAUCACUUGUUUACCACACUGGCUCGCCAAGCUUACGGCCUUGGAGUCGCUGGAAUUGAAUCUGUGCUUUGAACUAUCACAGAGAUGCCGGAGCAGCGAGGCCGAGGACUGGCCCAACGUUGCUCACAUAAAAAAUCUUAAACUCAGCGAUCACGAGCCGAGCAGCUUGGGCGGCCGGACUAGGCCGUCCUUAUGCGACCAGAUCCAGCAGUGCGUUUAUCUCCCAAUUAUGUUGUGUGUUCUGGCCUGCGCAGUGCGUGCGUUGCAACAUCGGGCUCGAAAUUGAAGGGGGGAGAAGUGCUACAUCAGCGUCGACAGAAACUGGGUUAAAGUUAAGUCUUGAAUGGUCCAGACUGUCGAGGUUCCCAUUCCUUGGCCUUGUACGCACUAUAUGCUAAUACAUGGAGAAGAUACCCUGACCUUUUAAUUUGUUUGAUCCGGCAGUCAAAGAAGCUGAUCCUAUAACCAAGCUAGCUGGGGAUGGCAAAAAUAUCCGUAACCGUGGAUAUCCGUCCGAAUCUGGCCUAAUUGAGUAGGGUAAAACCCUAACUCGAAAGACAUUUAGUGGGUACGGGUAAACCCGAACCCAAAUAUUGCGGGUAAUGGGUGGGCAUGGGUUUCUCACUAUCCAACCCGAACCUGCCCGAUUAUACACAUACAUAUGUAUUUUGUGUAUAAAUAAUCAUUAUUUUUCUCUAACAUAUUUUAUAUUUAGUAUAUAAAUAUAAUAUUUUCAUGAAAUUGUGUUGUUUUAAUUAAUUUUCUUCAUUCUAGUGAAUUAUUGUCAUACUUUUCCUCUUACGUAAUGUGAGAAUAUAUGUGAAUGUUAACAUAUUGGUUGGAGUUACGAAGAGAAAUUAUUACCCAUAGAUAACCGUGGACACACGAAACCCGAAAAGUUAUGGGCAUUGUUUUAAUUUUCUACCCGUUUUACAUGCGGGUAUGGAUAUGAGUAAAACUCGAACUAGUUUGAGUAGAGUAACGAAUAUGUACUAUCCGUCCCCGACCCAAUCCAUUGCCAUCCCAAAAGCUAGGUAGCCAAGUUGCAGUUCAUCCACAUCGGCUCUUUGGUCCUCUUCAGUAUUCCCACCUCUUCUGUUAUUAUGCCCCUUUCAUGGAGGCUCUUCAGGCUUUUUGUUUUGUGCUUUCUUUCUCUUUUCUAUUUUUCAGAACUCUGGAAAUGUUGGAUUGUGUUCGGUUGUGCUUUAUUUUAUUUUUUUGUUAGUUGAUUGGAAAUCUUACUCGUUUGUCCUUGAUUCCUUGUUCCUAAGGACAUAUCUUUGGCACAAUCGGAUGCAUUUACCAUAGCCUCUAUUCGGCCCGGUUUUUAGGCGGGUCGUCGAUGUUUUCAUUUAUUACGGUUACUUAACACUAACCGGUUAGCAUGCUAACCCCCCUAGGGGUUGGAAAAAUGACACCCCCUAGUAUAUUAAAUACAACUAUAAUUAAUACACAAUAAUUAAUACACACAUUAAAUACACAUUAGGAAUUAAAUGUACCAUAUUAAUUAGGAAUUCUCUCACUAUUAAAUACACAUUAGGAAUUAAAUACACACAUUAAAUACACAUUAGGAAUUCUCUCACUAUAUUUGAUUUUUCCUUUUUCAGCAGUCUCCGACCAUCAGACUUCCUCCGACCGCCACACUUCUCCGGUGAAAAUCCCAUCGGCAGACUCCCUCCGACCACCUCCAAAAAAUAUACUACUGCACUGAUACGUUGUACCACUGUACUGGUAGAUAUACCACUUCACUGAUACGUUGUACCACUGUACUGGUAGAUAUACCACUGCACUGGUAGCGAUAUCAGUGCACUGGUAGCAAUGUCAUAUCUGAGUAUCGGUGCAGUGGUACAAAUACCAGUAAAGUGGUAAUUAAUGUGGUGUAUUUAA